AUGAGACUGUACGCAGGGAUUCUUAGCUUGGUCUGUGUUCUGUUCCUCGUGGAAUCCAAAAAGAUUCACCUGAGGUCAAGGAGUUUCCAAGAAAGACUAAGAGAAAAACGAAAUGUGGCGGUAUCUGGUUCAGCACAAAGCGUCAAGAAUCCAUCCUACGAAACAGUUACUCCUGCCAAAACAGAACAAAACGUGUCUAACCCUACUCCAAUAGAAUCGGUAGUCAACCCCCCAGCUGAAGCGUCUGCAAAUAUGCCAUCAGAGUCCACAACGAACGCCUCGGCAGUAAAUCCAGUCGAAGCUAUGUAUCCACCAGAGGUCCAUCCGACCGAACCUAUUCAAGAAAAGCCUGUCAAUACACCUGGGAAUGAUCAGGAAAAAGCAUCGUCUCCUCAGGCGGUUGAUCAUCCAACGGAGGCAAUAGCUACUGAUCCAGCCAAGCAACCAACGGAACCAGCCACUGCAGCGCCGGCAAGCUCAACGACAGCUGGGCAACCAACGGAACCAGCCACUGCGGCGCUGGCAAGCUCAACGACAGCCGAGCAACCAACGGAACCAGUUACUGCGGCGCCGGCGAGCCCAACGACAGCCGAACAACCAACGGAACCAGCUACUGCGGCGCCGGCGAGCCCAACGACAGCCGAGCAACCAACGGAACCAAGCUCAACAACAAAAGCAACUGCUAAUAUCCUGGGCGAUCCUUUAGUUAUUCCUAAAACAGUAGAGGCAGCUGACCCAACCACCAUUAAAAACAUUCCAGUUGAAGAUACAACUACCACGUUACCAGUAAGCUCAACUACAACUGCACCUAAAUCAAAAUCAAAUAAGAUGACAAAACAACAACGUGCCGCAAUUAAAGCGGCAAAACGUGCUGCCAAGAAAGCCAAAAAGGAAAGAAAUACAGCAGCCAAAAACGUAAAGGUUGCUUCCCGAAAACUGAAAAAAACACACAAGAAAGCUAAGGCCGAAGCGAGAAAGGCCGCCAAACUGGCAGCAAAGAAAGCCAGGGCUGAAAGAAGAAUGGCACGAAAACUUCAAAAGAAGAAGGAAAAAGCCGAACGCAAAGCAAAAGCUAAGUCAAGGAAGGCACAAAAAGCGGCUAGGCGAAAAGCAAAGCGAGAGGCUAAGCGAAAAGCAAAGAGAUCAACUUCACGAAAAGCAAAGAGAGCGGCUAUCCGAAAGGCAAAGAGAGCGGCCAUCCGAAAAGCAAAGAGAGAAUCUAGAAAAGUUAAACGAGAGGCACGCCUACGGAAAAGGUCAAGAAAAUCAAAGCGAUUUAAUUUGCUGUAA